GAGAACGUUGUCCCGAGCUCUGAUGAAGUUCUGUUUCUCCGCAGCCCAAAAUCGACGACUACCAAACGAAGGGAAUUUAAUCGUCCAGCUAGCCCGUCAACCAGCGAACCGAUAUACAAUUAAUAGAUGAUAAAUUCGUUCGAUGACGAGUGUGGGUGUUCGGUACCGACCGCGAGGGCCGCGCUCCGAAAUGAUCGCGACGCGGUCGCUGAUGCGGUAGCCAAGGAGACCGGACCGCACGAGCGGGCAGCAGCGGCCAGCAACGGGGCACCUCGAUCGUCGACCUGAUACCCAGAAAUUCCAACUCCGAGCCGCUUUAAACUGCCGAUCCUUCGAACCACCUGUUUCGAAGCGAUCGUCCCAUCCACACCCCGACCUUGCCCUCCGAAUCACACGGCAGAAAACCUAAAGUGUCACUUCGAAAAAUACGUUUUCCACGCAGAACUUGACAUUUGUGGUGGAAUUCUGCUUAAACCCCGCUAGAAUUGCACUGCUUCACUCAACGCACCAGUAUCUUGAACCCUUCCGAAAAACAGCGCAACUGAGCGGUGGACUAGCAAGGAGUACAUCUAUGAUGUCCAGUGGUCAAUUUGUCGGAGAACAAAUCUGUAUCCUGCCGGAUACCCGGUAGCUAUCGGCGUGACAAUAUUUCUACGCUGUGGACACGGCCCUUUAAAAACGUUGAGAAUCAUCCUUCCGAAAGCAGAGAGGUGGAGGUGGUGAUACAGCGGGAAUAGAAAGAGGUGAGGGAGAUAUUGCCAUGACUACGACAGGAGCCCAGUAUGCUCUCGCAGCAUCCGCUGGAACUGGCAGUAGCGGGGGUAGUUCCGGCACAGUGGGGGUGGAUACCAAGCCUAGUGUCGUUGUUGUAACAACCUCCAGUUCCAGUGGGAACGGAGCUCAGACUCAAUCCACUAGAGGUCAACAGCUCAUUACUGUGGUAACCAGUCCUGAUCCUUCGAGUCCUAACAACCUUCAGCCAAUCCAGGAUCCACUUGAAACAGCUGCGGAUUCUUCAAACGGAUCAUCGGGUGCCCCAGCACAUGUCACUGCGCAGGUAGUAGUAAACACCACACAUUCGACACAGCAUACCCUCGUUGACGCGGACGCAGCAUCUACAUCUGCAGGAACCAUCGUUGGUGGCUCACCACAUUACAUAACUGUCACAGUGUCUGGAGAACCAGAGGCAGUGGGUUCCGAGUCGGUGGCCCAUCCAACCUAUGUCCAGUAUGUCGAGGGGGAUGCCUCAACCUAUAUACCAACGAACGGACAAAUGACAUAUCCAGUAUAUGCUGUUGGCGAAGCGGGAGCUAUGUACACUCCCGCUUCGAACCAAUACUAUACACCAGCAUCCACUCCUGUAACAUAUGCCCAGGUUACAGGUCAAGGUUCGAACACCACUACCGGUCAAUUGCUUUCUCAGGGCAAUGGUACUUACCUGAUCCAACAGAGUGUCGUAGAUGGGGACCCGACACAUGCUCUCAUAUCUGCUGCUGCGGCGAGAGCCAGUCCUCAGACCGAAAGUGCAGAGGCUGUGGUUAGCGGGGGUGGAGGGGCAUACUUGAUCAGCGGUAAUUCAGGUGGUACGGCUGUCAGCGUGGAAGAGGCUGCUGCUGCGGCUGCCAACAUGACGCAUGCCACUAGAGUCUCCCAGGCCACCGUUCAAUGGCUCUUGGAAAAUUACGAGACUGCCGAUGGUGUCUCACUUCCAAGAUCAACUCUGUACAACCACUACCUUCGGCACUGCUCGGAUAAUAAACUGGAUCCGGUAAAUGCUGCGAGUUUUGGGAAGCUGAUACGAUCUGUCUUUCUUGGUUUAAGAACCAGACGGCUGGGAACUCGAGGCAAUUCCAAAUAUCAUUACUAUGGUAUUCGCGUAAAACCGAACUCGCCGCUUAUCAUGUUGAACGAGGACGGCACAUCUAGGCAACAACCAACGACGAAUUCCCAAACUAAGAGAUUUAAGUUUGUCAAUCAAAAGCAAGACUCGACGUAUGAAAACAAUGCACAAUCGAAUAUAAACGUCUCUUCCAAUACAUCGUCACCGCAGUAUCAUCAAUAUCUUGGUGAAGCAAGCGGAGCCAUUCCGGAGUUCCCAGAAAUUAUUGUAGGGCAUGGAUCGUCACUACCAGAAGACUGUACUCUAGAAGAUGUUGACACAUUCCGAAGCAUAUAUAGAGAACAUUGCGAAGCAUUCCUAGACGCGGUUUUAAACUUUGAAUUUGCGACAGUCGAGAGUCUUUGGCGUGAAUUCUGGCGUAGCCAGGAUAACAACAAUGGAGACGAGUGCGAAGAGGAGAAAUAUUUAUCUAAAACCAAGCUGUAUCAGAUGUGCAAGUGUUCCGAGGUACAGGAUUUCAUUCGAAGAGUAGAUUACACUUUCUAUCAAAACUUAGUGGAAGUGCUCAUGCCUGACGUGCUGCGACCAAUUCCAAGUUCUUUGACUCAAUCUAUCAGGAAUUUUGCUAAGGGGCUGGAGUCCUGGUUGACUUCUGCAAUGAAUGACUGUCCGGAAGAAAUGAUGCAAAUUAAGUUAACAGCCGUCUCGGCCUUCGCUCAAACUUUGAGGCGGUACACUUCUUUAAAUCACUUGGCACAAGCUGCUCGUGCUGUUCUACAGAAUGCUAGUCAAAUAAGUCAAAUGCUUGCCGAUCUGAACAGAGUAGAUUUCCACAAUGUCCAGGAACAGGCUUCUUGGGUAUGUCAGUGCGAUUAUUCGGUGGUGCAACGUUUGGAGGCCGAUUUCAAGGUCACAUUACAGCAGCAAAAUUCGCUGGAACAAUGGGCGGUCUGGUUAAAAGGAGUUGUUACUCAAGUGCUCAAACCUUACGAAGGAAAACCAACUUUUGCCAAGGCUGCUCGCCAGUUUCUGCUUAAAUGGUCAUUUUAUAGCUCAAUGGUCAUUCGCGAUCUGACACUCAGAAGUGCAGCCAGCUUUGGGUCUUUUCAUUUAAUUCGUCUUUUGUACGACGAGUACAUGUUUUAUUUGAUAGAGCAUCAGGUGGCCGUAGCUACCGGCACUACUCCAAUUGCAGUAAUGGGCGAUAAAAGUCAGAAUUGUUCCUUGAUUAACACUUUCGGAACCACAUCCAAUGGAGAUGCUUCAAGUCUGAAUCAAUCGAAACGUAUGAAGCUGAGCUAACUGCGUGCCUACGUUCUGUAGACCGUAGAUAAGGAAAGUGUAGAGUACACUGAAAGAAUCCGGAGCAUGAGCACGAAUGCAAGCAGGCCUAUUAACACGAGCUAGUCCCGUAAACUAUUAUUUUCUAUUACUAUUAAGGUAAACGUAUCUUAUAUACGUUACGAAGGUUUUUACAUAAAGAAAAACUCACGGCGAGUGCAGUUUAAAUAAGUUUUCGUGUGAUAUAAGAUAUAGGGUACAUAUAUCUCGAAGCCUUCCCGUUCGUAAAGAAAUUGGCAUUUAUUGGUACAAUUUCAAACACUGUAGCGUAUCGUAUCUAGUCGUUGGACUACCUGGAAAGUAUUUGAAAAAAAAGAAAAAGAAGAUGUGCGAUCACGAACACAUCAUUGCCAGUUAGGUGGAGUCAUACCUGGCCAAUCUAGUGUUCAACCUAACAACAUUUAACUCCAUCGUUGUAGUAAAUGCUAGUUUGAUCGCGCGGCUAAUUACCUCGUAUACUACGGAUACUUACCAACAAUAAUAAGGUGUCGGUGUUAAGAGAUUUGUGCUCCUUAAAAAAGUUAAAUCCGGAAACCUGUCAUUCUUUCUUGAGAAUCAUAAAUCAUUUAAUUUUAAAAGUAAAAUAUUAUAAAUGCAAUUAUUUGGGUUGAGUACCCUGAUGACUAUCCACUAGUCAGGAAUGUUAUGACGCAUUACUGGCAUACCUCAUAUCUUGACAGAUGAGAUGCUAGAUUGCCCAAGUUUGACGGAAUAACGUGCAACGCGUAAAAGAGUUCCACCAGGAGGUACGCCAGCUAAUCUUAAAAUAGGGCGCGGUUUAAUUACCGCGCAGACCUUUUGUCCAAGGUCCAUGAAAUCCGCCCGGUCGAUGGUACCGCCGAAAUAUUCCUAUUCGAACGGCAACAAUUUAGGAAAUAAGUCAUUACGAAGAUAGAGAAGCAAGGUUUAGAUAGGUCGAAGUAUUCGUUUUCUUUUCUUUUCUUUUUUUUUUAAUCAUCAGCGAUUUCAACGUUAUUAGAGUUAGGAUAAAGUUCUGUAAUGUAAAGGUUGCACCGAAGUUGUCAAAGGGCUCCGGUCGAUGCGGUUCGUCGUUAGAGAAUAUAUGCAAUUAUCUGCUGAAUUUGUAAUAUAAAUACACGAACCUAUUCGAGACAAAGAGCCAGAGUGCACGAUUGUUAAAGCUUAAGAAUCAUCCAUCGAUCGCUGUCGACGCCAUUAACGAGCGAUCGAGAGACGAACGUUCUUCGCAAUUGUACAGAAACGUAAGGCGCUCGUCUGGGGGGUUUGAAGUGGUAAUUUUUAGUUAAAUGUUAGGCACGCCCAAUUGAUUUCAUUGUACUGUAAGUUAUUAAGUUUUUUUCUUUAUUGAGCACAUGAGCGAAUUUAACGUUGCGUUCUGUUUGUUUUGUAUGUCAGUUAGUUGGAAUUCCGGGAGAGCCUCGGUACUGGAAGUACGUGCUUUCGCGACUCUUUUUUCUUUCUUCUUUCACUGAUUUUAUACGCGCGACCCUAUCCCUUCUGUGUUGGAUCCAUAGCGAGGGUACGUCGAAGUAUUAUUUUUUAGCGGACGCAACGCGCGUUCGGUAAUUUCGAAUUUCGUAGCGAUUAUUUCUAGCGCCAAAGAGCGACCUCACGGCUCGCCCGUCAGGUCUUACGUAUGCUUCAUUCGCGUCUCGUACUUAAGGAACAUAAUCCUCUCGAGAGACAUCGAAGACGUUGACUCGCGUCCUUUUGAUAGAGCGCGUCGAACGGAUUUAUUGCAAUUUUAUGUUCAGCGGUUGAAUUAAUUGCGCUAGUUUUGGCUAAUCGCGCUCUUGCUCGAAGAGCGUCGAAUCUCGCCGAGGGAGCGGCAUCGCGUCUCUGCCGAAAGACCCGUAAAAUGGCUUUUGUCAAGACGCGCUGCUGGUUAAAGGAGAUCGCAAUGAUCGUAAACUGCGUGGUUUACACGAAUUAGCGGUCCUUUUCUCAUUCCAUCGGUUCUUUGCCGGUCUCGUUUGAUCUACAACGGCAUCGUUUGGAUGGUAAUCGUGUGUACCGUUCUCGUCUCUCGGUAUUACGCCUUUGUACGGUCAAAUGUGGACGUACGAGUGUUAGGAUUACUUUUUCGUAUAUCGUGCCGAGCGAAAGAGAGGGAGUGACCGAGGAACGGGGGGAAGGGGAAAGCAUGAGAUAUCAAGUACUAGUCAAACACAUUAGGUUAAGCCGAGAAAACAGGGAUUGAAUAUCGGUACUGCGACGAGUCGGUCGCGGCUCGCGCGCUUCGAGGUAGAACUCGCGCACUUGCGAAGGGAGAGAUCAUUUCCUUAACUAUAAUGAGCUUAUAUGUGUAAAGAAUUAUCGAUACCUAAGUGUACCUAAUAUAAGAAUCGCUUAUUUUACGACAGAUUCUUAAAUUAUUCUAAUUAACGUGGGUCUUUUAGAGAUCGAGUCAUAAGGUAUAGGCUAACGACGUUGCCCGGUCCUCGCCGAGUCGAGUGAUCCGUCUCGUACCGAGUUUUGUUUGCAUUCCUGAAAUGAAUGGUCGCAUAGGUUCAAUAAAUUGUAGGCUCGAGUCUACUCCUUUGAGGAAUGUUUCGAGCGAUCGCUAUGUUUCGGACAUAUCGUUUACGGUACGAGGACGGGCUCGAUGGUGUGGUAUUUUUCGGUCAUUAUUCAAAGGCAAUUGGAACGUCGAUAGCCUUAUGACGAUUACGACGACGACGACGAGGACGACGUGGACGAUGAUGACAAAUACGGCUUAAAAAUCAAACGCACCAACAGUUUCCUGUAAUGCGAGAUGAACAAAACGGCCUUAAACAUUUCCAAAUAUAGAUGAAAGAAAAUCGCUAAUCCUAUUGCGAAUUAACUAGAGAUACUUUGGGAGCGGGUUUAGAAUCCUCUGAUUGAUAUGAAAACAAUGGGGGUGAGUCAGAGAGGCAGGUGGACGCGGAGGUGGAAUGACGGGGAGGGGAGAGAAAUAAGGAUCGUUUUCUUUACAACGUACAGAAAAUAUUUUGAUACCUCCCGAUUUGCACAAAUCAAGAAUCGUUCAUUACUGCUUGAAUAAAAUUAUUUUUACUGAAUGCAGCUCAUGAUAAUAAGUUAUAUGGAUUAUGUGAUGUAUGCAAGGAAUUCUAAGGGUUGUGUGAGUGUGCAAGCCGCAGAAAUACAUGAAAUAAUAAAUAUAUGUUUAAAACCGAA